CAGUCGGGACAUAUCUAGAUCACUUAAUAUUAAUACUUAGUCGAACGAGGCAGCGAUGAGCGGCCAGCCGCGGGAGGAAAAUUACGCCGAGGCGGUUUCUGACGGAGCUCGCGUAACUUAACCGCGCCACCGUCUUGUCCUGUCUCUGUCUCCGUCUCGUCUCGUCUUGUCUUUCCCACCCUCUCCCGUUUCCUUUUCCCUUCUGCCUCCCUCGCCCGUUCCAACACCUUCGACGCGACCGACACCCUCGCAAGUCAACCGUCAUCGAGUCUCAGCCAGUUUCGAGAACUGUAAAGUACCUCCCGGCAUCUGAAUUCAAAGAUCAGUCGUGUAUCUGGGGGAAAUCAUGGGUCGCACGGUCGACCAGGAAGUCCACGCGGCGUUCGUCGAGUUCCGCGCCAAGGAAGACGAUAAGUGUCUUUCCGUGCAGUGUAUCUACUGCCAGCAGAUCCGGGCAAAGAACACCUCUCGUCAGAAGCAACAUCUCCUCGAGUGUCCCGGUCUCCGCGGUCAUCCCAAUGCCCCUCAGCCGCAGUCAGCAGCUCCUGGCCCCAAUGGCAUCGGCCCUGCCAACGGCUAUCCCGCAACUCCAAAUGGACCAGCUGCCACAGCCCCAGGACCUGGCCCUGGGCCAGCGGCGGGCACGUUGCCCAACACAAACGGACCGAUGAUGUCCAACGGCGUCAACCCUCAUACUGCCGCGAUGCAGACGCCGCUGCAGAAUCUGUCGAACCGUCCUCCAUUGCCGACGCCGGGUGCUACCGCAGCACCAGCCGGUUCGUCGGCCGUACCUCAACCCCAGCAGCGUCCUGUUCAUACUCCUAAGUCUUCCAGUAAGCCUAGGACAAGCACCUCUAAUCUGCCCGCGCCGCCUUUGGAUGAUGUUCACGCUGCUUUCGUCGAGUUCCGCGCUAAGGAGGAAGACAAGUGUCUGUCUGUCCAAUGCAUCUACUGUCAGCAAGUUCGCGCAAAGAACACAAGCAGACAGCGCCAACAUCUGCUCGAAUGCCCGACCUACCUCAAUGUCAUGAAGGAUUCUAUUCCCGCCAACAACCUGCUCCACACAUUCCCGGAGGGUGAUAUUGCUCGCUCUUUGCAGAUACCUACGCCUUCUCUGGAACUGGAUUUCCGCAUGAGUAUAAAGCUCAACCCUAAAGUCUCCGUUGGCGCAGGCAUCUGGGGACAGAGGGACUGGAUCACCUUCAUUGGUGGACAGUGGGCUGGUCGAUGGGGCAAGGGUGUGGUUCUGCCUGGUGGACAGGAUUCUCAGGUCGUGGUGAAGGAGUUGGCCACAAGCAUUAAAGCCAACUACAUGCUACAGACUGCCGACGAGCCUCCCGCUUUCAUUGUCGUCAAGACCAAUGGUUGGUUGACUGGCGCUAAGGACGUGCUGGAAAAGCUGGCUGAUCCUAAUGUCGCCGAUACCAUUAACCCGAACACAUAUAAGUAUCGCAUCAAUCUCUCUAUGGAAACCGGUGAUGAGCGAUAUGCCUUUGUGAAUACCCUGAUGUGGAUCGGCAGCUGCUGUCGCAGAGGCCAUGAAAUCAUCUUCGACGCUUUCCGCGUGAACUGAUAUGCUACAACACGAUUUAGUUAUGCUUUGACCGUUAUUCAGCGAGUGACAUAUAUGUUCGAGUCAAAUCCCGUACUCUAGUCUGAAAUUGUGGUUCCUGAUGGUGUCUCGGUCAGAAUUGGGGUCUGUUUCUUCUUAUCGAUACUCGUAUUUCCACUCUUCCAAUUAUGAUGCUGGCACGACUUGCUUUUGUCACUUUCGACGUUGGGCGUCGUUUUUCUUUUCAAUCGGAUGGUAUUCUCUUAUCCACCAUUUAUGAUACGCAAAACUGUAACUUUUAGCCUAAGCUUAUGUGGAGCAUUUGUUUCUCGAGUGAUGUAACAAUUUGAUGGAGACCAUUUAUUUCUUUACAGGGAACGUGAACAACUCGGGUGUCUUUCCAUCUGAUAUAAUCAAACAGCCUUGAAUCAGGCUGGAUAGUUCACAGCUACUGAUGAAACAACUGCCCGAGCUUUUAUAUUAGUAAAG